CCGGAUAACCCCCGUCCCUGAAGAAACAAUGGACGGUCAUUGAAGGAGAUUCCAAACGUCAGCGAGUGUCGGAAAGCCACCAAGGUUUCUGGCCUUAGAAUAGGCAACAGCUUUUCUUUGUGUUCGGUGACAUUCUUGGAAAUAAAACAUUCGAAAGUGUUGUGGAUUUUCUAGACAUGGCGAACAUGGAUAAUGUUAACGGUUCGGAAGGAGACGGGGUCCAAGCUCCUGCACCGGGCCCUGGAGGCAGGAGGUACCGAAAGAGAGAGCAGAAACGCGGCAGUGCGCAGUCUGGAGAUUCCUCAUCCAACACGUCUCAGAAAGGCGCGGACAGGGACGAACCUCCAACUGAAAGUGAUGUCGAAAUACAGAGGAUAAAACUCAAUCGCCUGAGCGACUACGAAGUAGACAAUGUCAAGAUGGCCAAUGUCUUCGGCAGUCCUCCUGAGAGUGGCCCAAAGCCGGUCAGCAGCUCCAUGCGACUCAAUCCUCUCUACGACCAGAACGGGACCGUAGAGGUGACAGCCGACCAGGCACAGGUAGCCAAGCUCCCCGAUAACUCGAGCCAAGACUCGGUCGGCCAGGAGGCAUCAAGCAGGGGCAAGAAGGGAACCUACAAGCGGCCCAAGAAAGGAGCCGACGAGGAUGAGGAGGAAUCACACGAGGAAAGGCCUCCAGAGACCAAGAUUAACUACAGCAAGAACUUCAGGUUCGGGAAGCGGUCUGCGGACGGGGAGAACGGCGCGGCGAACGGCGUCAAGAAACUGACUUCCUUUGGAGUCGUCAUGCCUUCAAGAGUGAAACAGAACACCAUACCCAAGGAUCAGUUAGUAGCGGCCGGAAGCGGGCCGAGCCAGUACGCGCUGGGGGCACAGAGCGGCAAAAGCAAGGCCGACAUCGAGGCAGCCAUUCGACGACACGAGAUGCGAAGACGAUGGAGAUAUGUCAUCAUUCUCAUUCUUAUCAUUCUUGUCUUUGGUCUCAUUCUUACUGUGGUCUUAUACUUUGCCACAAGGGCUUCAUAAGAUUUAUAUACGCAUUUCAGGGUUUGUACUUUGUACAUCUCAGCGACAUGCAGCAUAAAACACGUGCGAAAUACUCGGAGAAUACUGCAAAGCAAAAUUGACUGCAACGAAAUUUGAGAUCGGUUUACAUGUACCGGAACAUGUAUAUUAAAUCUCAUUUUUCUACCCAUUUGCAUGCAUGAUAACGCGAUACUUCCCUUCGCUUCAUCGCUUCAUCAUCGUAAACGUUUUGGUUGUUAAGUCUGAAACUAGAAUGGGAAAAGGAAGUUACAUGUAUAUUGGUUAUUAUUGAUAUACGGAGUUGUUUUUACAUCAGUUUCAUGGCAGAGAUACAUGCAGCCACGCCUUAUUGUAAAUGCAUUCGUCACAUACAUUGUAACGCAGUGAAUAAAGUCGGAUUGCCGAGUUCAUGCCUACGACUGCUACGCUUGAUCUACAUAAUCUUUGUUAUGGAGAGCAUGUCAAAUGAAUAGUCUAUUUUAAUAAUCUACAAUGUAUGAACCAUGUACAUGUAAAUUUGAAUCGCCAUCAUCACUGUAGAACGUGAGGGUGAAAAGAUGUUUGUAAUCUUGUUUUUACUUGUGAACAAUAGUUUGUAAAGGCGAUUCUUAAAAAUACUUUACAAACCAAAAAUGUGAAAUACAUUUAACUUUAACUGUUUUAUUUACUCAAGUUAUACACUUAGUCAUUUACCUUUAGUAAGAAUCGUGAUUUUUCACUUAGCAUCCUUCGUGGUGCAGUAUGUACAUGUAUAUUUUCAUGUCUUUUCCAAGAAAGCCAAAUGAUUGUCGUGCUUAUAUAUGUACUCAGCAAUACUGAUGCACAUUUUUAGCAGAAGCUGAAAUAAUGUCUAAAUGUACAACCAAAAAACUUUCUUCAAAUUUGAACGAAAAACAACGGAUUUUUUUUUUUAUAUAUGACUCUUUCAGAUGCAGAAUGUUUUAAUGCGAAAUGAUUUUAGCAUGAUUUUUUUGUAUUAGAACUGUCGGAUUUUUACACAUGUACAGAGAAAUUGGAUUGUUAUACUGAUAAAGAAAUAUGAUAGGAAGUUCCAUUAUUCCAUGUUUUGAAAUAUUGGCCAGCAUUGACCAGUGAUGAUGAAGUGUUAAAUGCGGAAAUUAGUGUGUUUGUCUUUUUUUACCAAGACGAUAUUUCGUUAAAUGUUUCACUUUAUGCAAGUUUGUGAGGUUUGUUUUGACGCAUGCGCUCACAUGUAAUGCCGUUUGCAAAAUAUUGGAAAUGUAACAAUGUCUGUAAACAGAUUUCUAUUCCAUAACAUGAAUGUAAUCUGCACGUGAAGUGCCUUUUUUGCACAACAUACAUUGUACAUGACUGUAGGCUGGCCUAUAGAAUUUUUUUUUCUCAAUACAUUGUACGUGUACCUCGGAUUUGUCACAUCAUACAUUAAGGUGGUCAAAUUUGAAUAUAAGAUUGAUGGAAAGGUUCACUUAUCCACAAUGAGUUGAAUAUGUUACUGUUUGUUUGAGCUGUUUGUUCUAUUCUUUAUUCUGUCAAAACAAAAUUAAUACAUUUUAUUUACAUUAUACACAAUUUAUAUUUCAUAGGGUGAUCUGUUAUAGUCCUACUGUUGGUAUGUACAGUAAGUUCAAUUUCCAUUAAAA